UUCUACGGCACGAUUGAUCAGUCUUGUCUCAAAAUUUGUUUUGCCAAAUUGUUAAUUUCGAUCUUCGGUUUUUGAUGCACACAAGUCAUAGGGCAAUUCUCAUCCGUAUCUAUUUGAUAUCUUACAAGACACUUCAAAAAUUAUAACAAAGGAAAGGAAUAUUUAAAACCGAUUUUCGAAAUGCUUUUGGCCCGUUUAACCCAUGUGCUGCCUGGGCGUUCGCUGCGACUUCUUGGCCAGACUGGAGGUCCACGUCUUUGGAGCUCCACCAAGCCUCAGAUCAAUAGUAAUCCUGGAAAGGUUAAAUCCAUUUUGCCCAAAAGGGAUAUGCAAGAACUUCUGAUGAGAAAGUAUUCCAGAGAGUCGAGAGAUCGCGACCGUUCCCACCUGGAGAGUCGAACCAGAGGACCUUCUCUGAAGGAUCGCAUGAUGGGACCUCCCAGUGAAAAUGCCUAUUCCAUGGGCAAAGGUGCUGCUGCAGGGGCAGCCUUGAUGGGUCUUGUUGGUCUGUGCUACUACGGACUGGGACUCUCCAAUCAGCCCAGUAUCUAUGACCAUUCGGUGGUCUGGCCACAGUAUGUGAGAGAUCGUAUCCAUGCCACCUAUGCCUAUUUUGGAGCAUCCUGCGGUGUGACAGCUGGAUCGUCCUUUGCCAUUUUCCAAUCUGACGCCAUGAUGGCCUUGAUGACGCGCUCCGGGUGGAUUGCCUCAUUGGUUACCUUGGGACUGGUGAUGCUCAGUGGAGCCGUGGCCCAGGGCAUGGAAUAUAAGCCGGGAUUCGGGGCCAAGCAGCUGGCCUGGGCCGUCCAUUGUGCAGUUUUGGGAGCUGUCCUGGCCCCAAUGUGUUUCCUUGGCGGUCCCAUUCUGACCAAGGCUCUUCUCUACACUGGCGGAAUAGUAGGUGCCCUCUCCACAGUGGCCGCCUGUGCCCCGAGUGAAAAGUUCCUGCACAUGGGCGGUCCCCUGGCUAUCGGAUUGGGGAUAGUCUUCGCCUCAUCACUGGCCUCCAUGUGGCUUCCGCCCACAACAGCAGUGGGAGCGGGGCUGGCCAGCAUGUCUUUAUAUGGUGGACUGAUCUUGUUCAGCGGAUUCCUGCUAUACGACACCCAAAGGAUCGUGAAGUCAGCUGAAAUGCAUCCCCAGUACUCUACCCACCUAUAUGAUCCGAUUAAUCACGCUCUCGCCAUUUACAUGGAUGCCCUGAACAUCUUCAUCCGCAUCGCAAUUAUUUUGGCGGGAGACCAAAAGCGAAAGUAAUGGAAAUCAAAAUAUUUGCACUUAUUUGGCCACUUAGUUGGGGAAUAAAAAAAAACAAUUAGUUAAA